UUAACUGAACGCCCAUUUGUUUGCAUAGAGUGUGUAAUCACUGCCACUGUUUCACUGUUUUGUGCAUUUAAUUUACACUUCAAUUCAAAUGUGGUAUUAAUUGUGAUAGAAAUAUGUUUUGAAAUCUAUUUUAAAGUUAUAAUAAUGACGAGCGAAGAGUCAAUGGUUAAUGUGAACCAAGUUUUACAGUUGACACAUUUGGACAUCAAUGAGACGGACAUCAAUUGGUCUAAAGUGAAACUCAAUGGCUUUCGAUGGCUAGCCGUCCGACACAACUCGGCCGCCGGUGUCGGCGACGGCACCAGC